CGAGUUUGUGUAGCCGUUCCGCAUUUUGAGAACACAUGUACAUAAUUUACCUCCCUUCAUCGUUCUUGCAUUCCGAAGUUGGUGGGUGUGUGUUGUGUUAAAAAUUUAACGAAUCCAGGUUUUAGAAGUCUACAAUGUCUGCAGAAUUUGAAAAGGCCGCUGCUGAUGUGAAGAAGCUGAAGGCAAAGCCUACAGAUGCCGAGCUGCUAGAUCUGUAUGCACUGUUUAAACAGGCAUCUGUGGGAGAUGUUAAUACAGAACGUCCUGGUAUGUUGGAUUUCAAGGGCAAGGCUAAGUGGGAUGCUUGGAGUGCUAAGAAAGGGCUAUCUAAGGAAGAUGCUGAAAAGGCCUACGUUGAUUUAGCAAAAAGGCUUGGAGAGCAGUAUGGUUUGGAAUAGGAUCGAGUGGACCAGAAAAGAAAUUCCAUUUUUUAGUCAUGUUAGCUCUUACAGGGAAAUCAAUGUGCUUCAAUGUAAUUCCGUAUUCCAUAUAUAACUCUUGCCUUUAUCUAUUAUUAAUUUAUGUAUACAUGUUUAACCAUGUGAUUUUACAUAAGGAGUAAUUUUAUAGGUUAUAUUUUACAAUUAUGUUGAUUCUGUUUUGUAUUUAUUUAUUGCGUUUAUUGCAUACUUAUAAUUCGAUUGUAUAAUGCAAUAUCCAUCAUGUAUAGCUGGCCAAGACAUGAACAAGUCUAUUUAUUAAAUGAAUUCAUAUUUUUGCGAUUAAAUUGUUAUACAAGUUUGAUCUUCUGUAAACAAGACUGCCAUCAAUACAAGAAUAAAUUUUAUAUUUAAAAUGCCUCAAUUUUUCUUCAAUUCUACAGAUUUCCCAUUUGUUUAACACUGACAUGACUUUUGGGGCAACAUGGACAUUUUCUUAUUCUUGAACAGUACAUUGUACUUAAAGGUUGUGUUCAAAUUGUAUGUCUGUGUUCUUAGAAUUGCAGAGAAAUAAUACAGUUUUCUUCUUGUUUCUUUUGUACUCAAUAUUCUACUUUUUUAUACAAUCAAAGAAAUAAAUAUCUUAACCUGUA